UUCGGUGACUCGGUGCUCUUCUGGCUUGGUCUGCGCGAGAGCGAGCACGCGCUCCAGAAGGAAUGGAGGCAGGACAGUGAGCGACAGCCUCAACGAUCCUGUAUCAGCUUUGAAACCGUGAGAGAAGUUACCCAGGAAAACAAACAUUGCACUUUUCCUAUUCGGAAGUUCGCUGAGGAGAAAUUCACUGCACUGGAGAUAUUUGCCCGGAGAGCGAGACUCUAUCAAACAGAAAUGUAGACCUUUUGGAACUCUGUGGAAACAAACAAAAAGGAGCCCACGCUGACAAUAAACAACACACUCCCCGACAAGUGGACUUCUGCUAAGUGAAGUAGGCAAAGGGAAAAAAGGUGGAAAAGAACUCGUUAGUUGGCGUACUUCAUACGCACCGCGUGUAUCAGAGUUCACCGUGUUAGUUUUCACAAACUUUUAACAAAAGACAAACAAUGAAAACUUGAAACUUUAAGUAUAUCGUCGUUAGCUAGCUAGCUAACGCAAGCUAGCUGCGAUUUUUUUUCCAGUGUGAGGGCUGCGCAUUGUCAUGCUGGAUAACUAACGUGUCUUGUUUUUUCAAGUCGAACUUUUUUUUUUCGUCUUUUCUAUUCGAGAGUGUUUCAGGACUGGUGGGGAAAGGAAAGACUCCUGGACUUUCCCCUAAUAAAUAUAUAUAUAUAUAUUUGUAAAUGAUGGCCACGGAGGUCAGCAGUGAGGAUACGGGUUCUGUUUCGACGGGGACAGGGGGUACAGGCGGCGGAGGCCCCGAGAUGGGCCGUUUCUCAUUUUAUCCCAAGCAAAAGGGGCGAAUCAGCGAUACGGGCCCUGGAGGAGGUCAGAACAUCCGCCACCCAUCCAGCACCUCCCCAGAUACCGACCCUGAAAUGAUAUUGUAUCCUGUUGCUGGAGGGGACAUACCAGGUUCGGUGUUCUCCUCUGGGAGUGGCAGUGAGUCCGGCACGGGAGCUGGAAGCGGAGCUUUCCAUAACCUCCCUUCAGAGGGACAAGGUAGCCGGAUGUCACCCACCUCAGCGACUCCGGAGGGGCCCGCUGGCUUUGGUCCCUUGCCACCUCCGCCUCCUGCCUCCGGGGCCACAGGCACGGCGGAUGAAAACGAUAUGUUGGAUGGGCCGGAAUACGAAGAGGAGGAGGUAGCAUUCCCGCUCACAGCACCGCCCACGAACCAGUGGUACCAUGGUAAGUUGGACAGGACUAUAGCAGAGGAGCGACUACGGCAGGCCAAGACGCCAGGGAGCUACCUCAUAAGGGAGAGUGACCGUCGACCUGGCUCCUUUGUGCUCUCCUUCCUCAGCAUGACCGGUGUUGUCAACCAUUUCAGGAUAAUUGCAAUGUGUGGUGACUAUUAUAUUGGAGGCCGCAGGUUCUCGUCCUUGUCAGACUUGAUUGGCUAUUACAGCUAUGUAUCUUGUCUGCUAAAAGGGGAAAAGCUGCUUUCCCCAGUGGCUCCUCCAGAGCCUGUGGAAGACAGGAGAAGAGUGCGAGCUAUCCUUCCCUACACCAAAGUGCCAGAGACUGAUGAAAUCAGUUUUCUUAAAGGGGACAUGUUUAUUGUUCACAAUGAACUUGAUGAUGGAUGGAUGUGGGUGACCAAUGUUAGAACCGAUGAACAGGGCCUGAUUGUUGAGGACCUUGUUGAGGAAGUGGGGCGAGAAGAAGAUCCUCAUGAGGGCAAAGUUUGGUAUCACGGGAAGAUCAGCAAACAGGAAGCAUGCAACCUGCUGAUGACAGUCGGGGAAGUGUGUAGCUUCUUGGUCAGACCUUCAGACAACACACCUGGAGAUUACUCACUCUUUUUUCGCACCAAUGAAAGCAUCCAAAGGUUUAAAAUAUGCCCAACUCCAAACAACCAGUUCAUGAUGGGAGGGAGGUACUACAACAGUGUUGAUGACAUCAUUGAGCAUUACAAAAAAGAGCAAAUUGUGGAAGGGUACACCCUGAAAGAUCCAGUAUCAGUUCAGAACCAGGAACAAGUACUCACUGACAUGGUGGAUGGCCGAGAAAUCUAUAACACAAUUCGCAGAAAGACAAAAGAUGCCUUCUAUAAAAACAUUGUCAAGAAAGACUACCUCCAAUUCAAUAAAGGCAAAGGCAAGCGAUGGAAGAACCUCUUCUUUAUCUUGGAGGGGAACGAUGCCCAGCUUAUCUACUUUGAGAGUGAGAAACGAGCCACCAAGCCCAAGGGUUUAAUAGACUUAAGCGUGUGUUCUGUAUAUGGAGUACAUGACAGUCUGUUUGGCAGGCCAAACUGUUUCCAGGUUGUAGUUCAGCACUUUAGCGAGGAGCAGUACAUCUUCUACUUUGCAGGUGUUACUCCCGAACAGACACAGGAUUGGAUGAAAUGCCUUCAGGUCUUCUGCAGCCAUCUGCGGAAACCAAUACAACCUACUGCCAACAAACGGCUGCGCCAGGUCAGCAGUUUGAUGCUUUAUGUAGAAGAGGCCCAUAAGCUACCGGUCAAACAUUUUACAAAUCCCUACUGCAAUAUCUAUUUGAACAGUGUGCAAGUAGCAAAGACCCAUGCCAGAGAAGGACAGAACCCUGUCUUUACAGAGGAGUUUAUUUUUGAUGAUUUGUCCAGUGAAAUCAACAGAUUUGAAAUAAGCCUCAGCAAUAAGACGAAAAAGAGCAAAGAAAGUGACAUAUUGUUCAUGCGUUGCCAGCUCAGCCGGCUUCAGAAGGGCCAAAUGAUCGACGAGUGGUUCCCUCUCAGCUCUCAUAUUCCCCUCAAAGGAAUUGAACCUGGCUCCCUUCGAGUAAGGGCUCGCUAUUCUGUGGAGAAAAUAAUGCCAGAGGAGGAAUAUAAUGAAUUCAAGGAGCUCAUCCUGCUGAAAGAGCUCCACGUAAUCUAUGCAUUGGCCCAUGUCUGCGGGCAGGAUCGAAGUCUUCUGGCUAGUAUUCUGCUGAGGAUAUUCAGGCAUGAAAGGGUGGAAGCACAUCUUCUCAGAACACUAAAUGACAGGGAAAUAAGCAUGGAAGAUGAAGCUACGACACUGUUCCGUGCAACUACCCUGGCAAGCACACUCAUGGAGCAAUACAUGAAAGCUACAGCCACACCAUUUGUCCACCAUGCUCUCAAAGACACAAUUUUAAAGAUAAUGGAGAGCAAGCAGUCUUGUGAGCUGAACCCUUCUAAACUGGAGAAGAAUGAAGAUGUCAGCUUGAAUCUGCAACAUCUCCUGAACAUUCUGUCAGAGCUGGUGGAAAAAAUAUUUAUGGCAGCUGAAAUCCUUCCACCGACACUGAGAUUCAUUUAUGGAUGUCUACAGAAAUCUGUGAAAGAGAAGUGGCCAACAAAUACAACAAUGAGGACCAGGGUUGUGAGUGGGUUUGUCUUUCUGCGAUUAAUUUGCCCUGCAAUUCUAAAUCCAAGAAUGUUCAACAUAAUUGCUGAUCCACCCUCCCCUACUGCUGGCCGGACCCUCACUCUGGUUGCUAAGUCUGUUCAAAACUUGGCAAAUCUGGUUGAAUUUGGAGCCAAGGAACCAUAUAUGGAGGGGGUAAAUCCAUUCAUCAAGAACAACAAGCAUCGGAUGAUCAUGUUUCUAGAUGAACUGGGGAACGUCCCUGACCUCCCGGAUGCUACAGAGCACUUUAGGGCUGACCUGUCCCGAGACCUUGCUGCUUUGCACGAGAUCUGUGGGACACAUUCAAAUGAGCUUCGAACGCUGAGUAAUGAGAGAGGGGUGCAGCAGCAUGUGUUGAAAAAGCUUCUGGCAAUCACUGAGCUCUUGCAGCAGAAACAAGUUCAAUAUUCAAUGUCCAACAGCAUCAGGUAGUAACCGUUCUGAGGAGUUGCAUCUGGGACCGAGCAUGCUCUACCCUCAUCACCUUGGCAACCCAAGCUGCAUUACUUGCCCAUUCUUCCUCUGGCACACGAAUGCUGUGCCCUGUGCCACAUGAGCUAUGCAGCAAGUGACAGAUCCAGGAAAGCCUUGCUUUUUUUCCCUUGCUCCCAUUGACUUUUACAGCUGAAUGUGCAGGAAUUGUUUUGUAUUAUGUAACCCUGUUGAUUUGUUGCUUGGGUACACAUCUCUUUAAAAAGAGGAGUAAUAAAGCUUAGUACACCUAAGACUUGAGUAUUUUCAACAAAUGUUGCCAAAGUGUAAUACCAUCUGCUCAAGAGGAAUUUUAGCUGACAGGAUGCUACCGUGAGCUUUUUUCUUAACUGGAUUAUGAGUUAUAAUGGUUUUUAUACUGUAAUUUGUGAUUGAUUUAUUUUAUGACAUACACAAUAGUGCAUUCUGAAAUUAGAGGUUUCCUAUCUAAUAGUCAUAUUUUUUUGUUUUUGACUAAUUUAGACGGGAAAGAUUUUGUGCAUUUUAUAUUGCAAAACUUGCUGGAAUCAUAAGUAUGAAACUUUUGUCCCCCGAACUUUUUCCACAGUUUUGUUUGGUUCAGUCUCCCUUGAACGUUGUCAAUGCCAGAGAAACAUAAUCAAGAGAAAUAAAAAAAAAAAACUUUGUACACUGUUUACAGCCAUAACUUCUGAAUGAACAUUGUAUCAGAAAUUUGUGCACUUAUUAAAACAGCUUUGUAAGUUA